GGGCUCGCAGCUCGCCGGGGGCCGCGUCCGUCCCGAGGGCCAGAGGAAGCCCGGCGCCGGGCUGGAAAAGCGGGGCCAAGUCAGACAGGUGGUUGAAGAACCGAAACUUUCCGCUGUUGCCUAAUAGCGCUGCAGUUUCCUGUUCUAGCUGGAAUAGAAAGUGUGAGAGCAGCACGAUGACUCUAAUACCGGCCUUGGUUUGUGUGGAUGGAUCCUGGUGGUCAUUUCAUUUUUUUUUACUGUUAUUACAUUUCCUGUAUCAAUAUGGAUGUGCAUAAAGAUUAUAAAGGAAUAUGAGCGAGCCAUCAUCUUCAGACUUGGACGCAUUUUAAAAGGGGGAGCAAAAGGACCGGGUUUGUUCUUUGUCCUGCCCUGCACAGACAGCUUUAUCAAAGUGGAUAUGAGGACCAUCUCUUUUGAUAUUCCACCCCAAGAAAUCUUGACCAAGGACUCUGUUACAGUUAAUGUAGAUGGAGUGGUUUAUUACAGAGUCCAGAAUGCCACCCUUGCUGUAGCAAACAUAACAAAUGCUGACUCUGCUACUCGCCUACUAGCACAGACUACUCUGAGGAAUGUUCUGGGGACCAAAAACCUUUCUCAGAUUCUCUCUGAUCGUGAAGAAAUUGCACACAGCAUGCAGGCCACACUUGAUGAGGCAACAGAUGAUUGGGGCAUUAAGGUGGAACGCGUGGAGAUCAAGGAUGUGAAAUUGCCUGUCCAGCUGCAGAGAGCAAUGGCUGCAGAAGCAGAAGCUGCCCGGGAGGCAAGAGCUAAGGUAAUUGCAGCUGAGGGUGAAAUGAAUGCUUCCAGGGCCCUGAAAGAGGCAUCCAUGGUUAUUACAGAGUCACCUGCUGCUCUUCAGCUUCGUUAUUUGCAGACCUUGACCACCAUUGCUGCAGAAAAGAACUCCACCAUCGUCUUUCCAUUGCCCAUAGAUAUGCUGCAGGGCAUCGUAGGUGUAAAUCGCUAGAUAUAUUGGAAAGAAGUUGUGUGUGUCUGUUGUGUUCCCCUGCCCCACAGAGAAUGUCUGCAAAACUGAAUUGUCUAUGUAUUAAAACUUAAGGCAUUGUUAACAUAAAUGGGUUUUCUGAUACACCUUUUGAGUGUAUGAUGAUGAAAUUGUAUUUAAUGUUUAUUAACAUGGACAAUCCAAAUAUUUAAAAUUCAAAAUCUAUUGAAAUUAGUACAAGCAGAUUGUGAUCUUAAUGUGUUCACUGUCCUAGAUGACAAACCUAUAAUCUGUAACCUCCUAUUUUCAAAUAGUGUAUACAGCCCCUUGGGUUGAGGAUGAGGAAAUGAUCGACCAUUUGGGAAGAAGUUACUUUUAAAAGGUAUGCAGUCUUUGAGAGAAGUAUUUCUAUUAAUAAAAAGCAUCUGUGGCCCUGUAAGGGAAGGGGAACAGCCCCAACUAUAAUCUCUUGGAUUGUAGCUAUGAGGUAGAGUCUUCUGAUCAUUGUCACAUGGAUUGGCCCUUUAGCUUACUUUCGAAAAAAUAACAAACGGUGAUGUAGGAGUGGGUACUAGCUACUUCUGAAAAUCAGGCUCUCAUCUUCUUAAAAUGGUUUCCCAUUUACAAGAAAUAGAAAGUUACAUUUCAGUAACACUGGCUAAUAACUAUCUCGUAUAAGGCACAGAAAUGGUGUGUACACACUUGAUACGUGAAUACAAUGCUUGCAGUCACUGAUGUUCUAUCCUGUUGUUAUGGUAGUUUGUCCGUAUAAAUUUGUGACUCUUUAAAGCACUGAAGAGUCUCCAGGACUCAUUUGUACAUCUUCUCUUUUAAAAUGUUUUUUUUUUCCUUAAAAAAAAAAAAAAAAAAAAAAAGAGAGAGAGAGAGAGAAAAGGGGACCAGAGUAAUGUAUCUUGUAAAUAGGUUUCCUUUCUUAAUUUUAGUCAUGCUUGAAAGACUACAGUUGAAAGUAAGUUCUCUAUCAAGCUCUAAAAAUCGGCAAAUAAGAAAUAUCUGAAAUUAGUUGAAGGGGGUGGUGAGCAGAAGAUGCUGCAUUGCUUACUUAUCUAUUCUAACAGAUGGGUAAUUUACCCGUUGCUGCUGCUUCUCAGCAGACCUGCAUUAUUGGCUGUGAUACUAGGGCUUUUUACUUUAUUUUUACCAAAGAUAAUUUUUCAAUUUGUAUAGUCUUGAUGUGCAUAUGUGUUAAACUGUUGUCAUACUUUGUAUCUGUUUAGCAGAUAAAAUUACAGAUUAAAGUGAGAUGAGAAUCAGAGCCCACAUUGAGGGAAGACUUAAGCUACUAGCAUUGAGUAGGAGAUGAGAAUGAAAAUGAAAAACCAGAAUGGGAGAUUAAGUGUCCUUGUUCUUGCACUGGCCAGCAUAAAGUUUGUGUCUUUUUAAUCACCUUUCUGCCAUGAUUUACAGCUGUUUUUACUAACCACGAGAUCUGUUUAAAUGCAUCUUGAUUAAAAGUAGCAAAGUGACCUCAGAUUUAAAAAAACAAUGCCAGAACA